UUGCGAAAAAAAGAAUUUCUUGUGAGUGCGCGAUUCGCCACCUCUCAGUUUUCGAGUAAUUUCUCUGUGAAAAAAUCAUCAAUUUGAGUGAAUAAUUGCCCAUCUUACAUUGUAAGUAGCCCACCUGUGAUAUACAAUUGCAAAUUGCCCUGAAAAUGGUGCCCAAUAUGGGGGAAAAGUGUGCAAAAAUGUAAUUUUUGAAAGGUUCCCCCCAUUCAAGAUGGCGAAGUGUGUGAAAAAUUUUUCAUUCAAUGCAAAAUUUUCUUCAAAUGGAGGGUAUUUGAGUGAAUGAAAGAUACCCAUUUUAGUGGUCAAUGCAUGUGGGAGGGCAGGUGCAAUUAUUUUGCAUACAUCCACUGUGAAUGAAUGUGUCAUUUGGUCAGGAGAUGCGGGUAUAUUUUGGUCUCUGAUGGGACUUCUCAAUGCGCGACUGUGGAAAGAAUUGAGAGUGAAAAAAACAAAGUUGCGACACCGAGGAAAGCGUCUCAUUUGGCAGUUGGACGACUGAACAGGGGGGGACCGUGACGUAGUGGCGGAGCGGAGGAGGAAGUGAACUCAUUGAUUUUUCAGCUGCUCUGACUCACACGCCUCAGUCACAGUGAGACAGACGUCGGAACGAGACCUCAAGUUCGGGCAGUCCGGAAAAGGCAGUGAAAAAAAAAAACGACGCACUCCCUCCGCUAAAGAGGAGUGCACCAGGGACACGGCACAUGCGCCCCACUGCCAAGGAGUUGUCCAUUGGAGCUUUUCAGUGCAUCUGUUUUGUGGGUUUUUCCAGAAUUUCCCUUUUUGGAGAAUUUCUUGUAAAAAUAGAUUCAUUGUGAAGAAGUGAUUGUGGGAUUUGUACCAAGAGGGACACACGGAGAUUCCCUCCAGAAGACAGCAAUGUGCCCAUCAGAGAUUCAAUUCAAGAUUUAAGGUUUGAUUGUAAGAUACAACUGGAACAUAUAGGAAAGUGAAUUGUGCGUGUGUGUGGGAAAGGGAAUAGAGUUGGAAAAUAAAAGGAAAUUUUUUUGUGUAACCGUGUGCACAACGUGCGCAAAGAGAAGAAGAGCAAUUGGAGUGAGAAAAGAAGAAGAAGAAGUAUCAAUAACUUUGGGGGGAAGAAAUCAUAAAUCGUGAAAUUUACUCACAAAUAAAUUACCUCGGAGUUGUGGAUCACCGGAAAAACAUGAAAAUGGUUUUGUCACAGCGGCAACGCGAGGAACUAAACCAAGCGAUUGCCGACUAUUUGGGCACAAAUGGGUACACGGAUGCAUUGGAGGCAUUCCGGAAGGAGGCGGAUGUUUCGAAUGAAUUGGAACGCAAAUAUGGGGGUUUGUUGGAGAAAAAGUGGACAUCGGUGAUAAGGUUGCAGAAGAAGGUGAUGGAAUUGGAGGCGAAAUUGUCGGAAAUUGAGAAGGAGGCCCUGGAUGGGGCACCAACGAAAAGUAAGCGUACCCCCGGGGAAUGGAUACCGCGGCCACCGGAGAAGUUCACAUUAACGGGUCAUAGGGCAACGGUGACACGUGUAAUCUUCCAUCCGGUAUUUAGUGUGAUGGUAUCAGCAUCGGAGGAUGCAACGAUAAAAGUGUGGGACUUUGAGACGGGUGAAUAUGAGAGGACACUAAAGGGACAUACUGAUUCAGUACAAGAUAUUGCAUUUGAUGCUCAGGGAAAAUUAUUGGCAUCCUGUAGUGCGGAUGUGUCCAUUAAAUUGUGGGACUUUCAGCAAACGUAUGAAUGCGUCAAAACAAUGCAUGGCCACGAUCACAAUGUGUCGUCUGUGGCUUUUGUGCCAGCUGGAGAUUUUGUACUAUCAGCAUCGCGGGAUCGUACCAUUAAAAUGUGGGAAGUUGCAACUGGCUACUGCGUAAAAACAUACAGUGGACACAGAGAAUGGGUGCGUAUGGUACGAGUCAAUGUGGAUGGUUCCUUAUUUGCAACCUGCUCAAAUGAUCACACGGUUAGAGUUUGGAUGACCAGCUCAAAAGAAUGUAAGGCUGAGCUUCGAGAUCAUGAACACACUGUUGAAUGCAUCGCCUGGGCACCCGAAUCGGCGUCUGCAGUGAUAAAUGAGGCUGCUGGUGCGGAUAAUAAGAAGGGUGCGCAUCAGGGACCAUUCUUAGCAUCGGGAUCUCGAGAUAAAACCAUUUGUGUGUGGGAUAUAAACUCUGGCUUAUGUCUUUUUACGCUUACGGGUCAUGACAAUUGGGUGCGAGGACUCAUUUUCCAUCCUGGUGGUAAAUACUUGAUUUCCGCAAGUGAUGACCGAACAAUCCGGGUAUGGGAUCUACGCAAUAAGAGAUGUAUGAAGACUCUCUAUGCCCACCAGCACUUUUGUACAUCAGUCGAUUUCCAUCGGACACAUCCCUACGUUAUUUCGGGGAGUGUAGAUCAAACUGUAAAAGUUUGGGAAUGUCGUUAAAAACAACAACAAAAAAUUAUUAGUUUUUUUUUCUUUACAUAAAAAUCUCUUAGUUGAUGCUAUUUAUAAGAGAAGAGAAAAUAAUUAUUGAAGAUACAAUAACAAAAGAAAA